CUGAAGGUUACGUUCCCGAGGAGAAAAAGACUAGGRCUGAUGCCCAACCACACGAGCCCAUACAUAUGCCAUUCUUUUACAAGUUCCUGGAAAUGCAGUGGAAAAUGAUUCAGUCCAACAAAGAACUUUCUGGUGAGCACACUUUUAGCUCUWCUCCAGCACACUGGCCUGUCUUGAAACGUGGUGUGGCUUACUGGAUACAUAGAGAUAAGAAUAUGCAGAUCUACUGUUUUGGUAAYCCCAUCGUGUGGUGGGUGUCCAGCCUGUCAAUCAUUGCCUACUUUGGAAUAUUAGUCAUAUAUUUACUAAGACGACGCCGAGCUGUGUUUGACAUCGAUGAAGACGCGUGGCAAAGGUUCUGUUUCGUUGGUUAUCUACAAGUAAUGGGAUAUGUUCUACACUACUUACCGUACUUUAUUAUGGAUCGUACUCUGUUUAUUCAUCACUAUCUACCGGCUUUGUUAUUCAAGAUAGUCCUGUUAUCAGUACUCGUUCAGCAUGUCUAUAAUCUUAUUGAACGAUACCAAGCCCUGCGGUACGCUCUACUCUCAACAUGCGUAAUUCUUUGUUUUGCCGUCGUCCUUACGUAUCAUUUCUUUAGUCCGUUUACGUAUGGGCAUGUGGAGCUUACGUCGAAGGAAAUUAGCCAACGAAAGUGGCUUUCGUCAUGGGAUAUGUUAUCGCACCCAGACACGUGACAAAAUAAGAAAAAAGUCAAUUUUAGGGAAACAUAAUUGUACAAAUGCACUGUAAAACAGUCUUUUAAAACAUUAUUUUGAUUAGUGGAAGAUAUUUAAAACGAUGACAUGGUCAUAUGCGAGUCUACGUUAUCUUCCGCCAUUCCCUUGAUGCACCGCGCGCCGCUAGAGAAGAGACUGGGUACGAGGUAGUUUUUUUACCAGAAUUCUCUUCGGCGAUCUCGCCAUUUUGAAUAAUUUUGCACACAUAACAGCAUAGUAUAUUCGCAAUGAUAAUUCCGAACAACAAAAAGAUUAUAUUGAUGAAGAUCUCUAGAUACAAGAAUAUGAUUUUACGAUAAACGUUUAGAACGUACCUAUUAAUAAUAUAGAUAUUUUGAAUGGUUUGCACAAUUAGAUUAAAGAAAUAUCUAGACACUAA